CAGCGAGUCGCCUCUGGCGGGAGGUCGUAGACUUGAUUCAAGAUGGCCGGUCAGCCGCCAGACAACACAGCAGAGGCUCAGGUCUCUGACGAGCUCGAGUGUAAGAUCUGUUAUAAUCGGUACAAUCUGAAGCAGAGGAAACCCAAAGUGCUGGAGUGUUGUCACAGGGUUUGUGCCAAAUGCCUCUACAAGAUCAUCGACUUUGGGGACUCCCCGCAAGGCGUCAUUGUCUGUCCUUUCUGUAGGUUUGAGACCUGCCUGCCAGAUGAUGAAGUUAGUAGCCUGCCUGAUGACAACAACAUCCUGGUAAACUUGACUUGUGGAGGCAAAGGCAAGAAGUGCCUGCCCGAAAACCCUACCGAGCUGCUGCUGACCCCCAAGAGGCUGGCGUCUCUCGUCAGUCCUUCUCACACUUCCUCCAACUGCCUGGUCAUAACCAUCAUGGAGGUGCAGAGGGAGAGCUCCCCGUCUCUGAGCUCCACUCCCGUGGUGGAAUUUUAUAGGCCUGCGAGUUUCGACUCUGUUACCACCGUGUCACACAACUGGACUGUGUGGAACUGUACAUCUCUGCUCUUCCAGACGUCUAUCCGGGUGUUGGUUUGGCUGCUAGGUUUGCUCUACUUCAGCUCCUUACCCUUAGGGAUCUACUUACUGGUGUCUAAGAAAGUCACCCUUGGGGUCGUCUUUGUCAGCCUUGUCCCUUCGAGCCUUGUUAUUCUCAUGGUGUAUGGGUUUUGCCAGUGCGUUUGUCACGAAUUUCUAGACUGUAUGGCACCUUCUUCUUAAUUAAUAUGCAGACUAAGAAAUUUGACACACAUUGCCAUCCUUGAAGUUAGGUAAUUUAUCAUUUAUUUAUUUUAUAUUCUCCGUGACUAGUGUCCAUGACAUUAACAAAGCCAUUGGCCAAAUGUUUGUGGUCUGUUUUUCAUCAAAAUUUUGACUCAAUUGGUUUUCCUGUAUGCUGGACAUAAAAAAAUGUUCCUUUCUACUUAGGUGUUAGCAAAGAUGCAAAAAUGUGUAAGCUAAGCCUUCACAGAGCUCUUCUUGUGAGUCUGCCCACAGAAAGGGUGGGAUUUCACUUAACCCUGCUGGACAGGCACCAGGGGAGAGGUGUGUUAGGCUGUAGUAGGGGUCUUUGUGGCAGGUUACGGAUGAACUGGUUCCU